AUGAUGUCGCUAGGAACUCCAGGAAUGUACCCAAGCGGCGCCCCAGCUCCACCACCACCCGGAGCAGUGGACCCUGGUACCAUCGGCCAAGCCGCUCCCUACAUCAUCCCAAAGAAGGUUCCCAAGCCUGGCCAAACAUCAAAGGCGACGCCGAUUUCAAUGCUCCAGGAACUCUGCCAAAAACUUUCAAAGACGCCUCGAUAUGAUUUACUGACAAUGGAGGGCCGUGCGCAUCAGCCUAGUUUCGUCUUUCGAUGUGUUGUCGGAGACGUAACUGGCGAAGGGCACGGUACGUCGAAGAAAUCGGCGAAGCACCAAGCUGCUGAGAACGUCCUCACGCAGUUGAAAUCUGGUGUCGUCCCGGGAGAGGAAAAGCCGCCGAUCAAAGGGGAGGAACUCGAAAAGGAUCAGUCCAUGAUUCACGCUGGGGAGAUCAAUCCGAUUGGCACCCUUCAGGAACUUGUCGUUUCCCGAGGAUGGCGCCUUCCGGACUACUCCCUGGCUUCCGAAGCUGGCCCGAGCCACAAGAAAGAGUUCAUCAUCUGUUGUUCCGUCGAAAAGCUCAAAGAGUACGGCAGUGGUAGUUCCAAAAAAGUCGCUAAACGAAAUGCUGCUGGUUCAAUGUUAUCCAGAUUGCGGGAAAUCCCAUCGGACUCGAAGGAACAUGUUCUAGAUACCGAUGAUAUUGACCCUUCGAGUUUUUCCAAUGGCCGCCGAGGUCUUGUGCCUCUCGAGCUCUUGCGAAACAGCAACGGAGAGAGGAUAACAAUCGCCAAAGUAAACGAAUCCGCGGCGGACCCGAUUCUGCAAUUGCACGAGUACUCAGUCCAGCACCAAUUCUCUGUCGCAUUCCUUGACAUAAAGGAACGCUCCACUGUGGGCCUUGUUCAGUGCUUUGUCAGGCUCACUACGAUGCCAGUCUCCGUGCUCAACGGAGAAGGAGCCACCCUCACCGAUGCGCAUAAUCAUGCUGCACGAAAUGCUCUUCAGUACUUGAAGAUCAUGGGUGCAGAAAAGCCAUUGACUGGCUGA